AUUGCGCUACGCAAGCCCAUUCGCCACAACAAGGCAGUGAUCCAUGAAUAUGAAUACAAUAUAUAAUCUAUUAGAAAGAGACAUUCAUAGAAGAGUAUCUUUGUUCAAUUCUGAGGAAUAAAUUACUCACGAGUAGGCAUUAAAAUCUGCCAACCUAGGUUCAGUAGUAGUUCUGCUACAUACAUUUUUUUAAAAGAAGACAUUAGGGAAUGAUAACUUCAGAGAAUACUGAACAACAAAGGUUUAAAAAUAACAAUUGAGCUUCCCCCAUUCCCCACUUCGUUGGACAUGGUGAAAAGAUUUAUUUGGCAUAUUGAAAGACAGGCAUCUAUCCUUUAUUCCUUUCCGUUUGCCGUAUCCAAAUACUUAAGUUUUUGGUUGCAAAAGAUCUCAAAGUUGAAAACAGUCUUGAUGAUAUAUUUAGAAUAUAUUUAGAAUAUAAGACUUCUUCAUUUCAGAGAAAUGGUUGCAAUAUACUGUAAAGCUGCAAAACAGAUAACAUGAUGCAAUCAAGAUAGCAAAAUAUUCAGUUGCUCCAUUAUAGUUCCUCCCUUUGUAAACAACCCCACUGAAAGUUCAGUUACUGUUCCUGCAGAUAGGGAACAGGAAGUGUAAGCAAACAAGUGUCUUUUAUUACUUGCCUCUGAUACAGUGGGUGUAGCUGCAAAUCGAAUAAAGCUAAACCUCCUUGAGUAAACUGAAGUUUCAACUGAGUAAAGUUGAACAUUUCACAUUUUCUGACGGAACCUGGUAAAGGCUUGCUUUGCCCAUAGAAGGAACAACUGGGAAAGUGUGACGACAACUUUGUGUUCUGAUAGACACUGCGAAGAUGAAAAACUCGAUGACCUUUGAAGAACAAACUGAACAAAUUGUGAAAGCAUUACUUUUUGAUAUCUCUGAGGACUCACAAAAUGGUUGUCGUAGUCUUGAGCUAAGUGCUGGGUCAGAACUGGAGUGUGAUGCAGAUGGCAUCCAAAUUCAUUUGCAGUCUGGACAGAACAUAGUGGCACGUUCAGAAAGAUGGGAGCAGGGAGCCAUGCUGUGCCACACUGGGUCUGCCCUUUGGACAGGGCCCCGAAGACCAGUUGCAGAGAAAACUGCCACCACUUUUAACCCAGAAGUUAUUGCCAAGACACUGCAAAGACUAGGAGACCAGUAUAAUGAAGACUUGGAGAAGCCAGUACAGAUGAUCAUUGCGGAAAAAAACAAGGAAGUGAUGAAAUUCAGAGAAAUGGCAGACUCUCUUAGCAAGACCUGGAGUCGUUCUCAAGGGCUGGAGUAUGAAAGAGCUUUCCUGGUUGUUACUGUGAAGUUGUUUAUUUGCCUUGCACAAAGAGCUCCUUCGUUGCGGAAUAAGACAGAAUUAUUCACACAGACAAUUAAUGAAAACCCAGAAGUAAGAAACUAUAUUGAAAAGCAAGGUGGUUGGGAGAAUCUUCAGACUGGAACAGGACAGAAUGAUGCCUGAUCUCUCACUCUUAAUACAAGAAGCACUUCUGGAAUUUGCUGCUUUAAAGAAAAUGGGUCUGGAGAGAGUUCCUGUGCUAAAGUUGUACAGCAGGGGGAGCAUGCAACCUGCAAAUAAGUAAAAAAGAAAGUGAAGCAGAAAUUAACAACAGUGAAACUGUUCUGGUGGGGAUUCUAUUGCUAACUAUCAGUGUUUAGGUAAGGAAUGAGAAGCAGGUAGAUAGCUAUCUACUGCUGAGCUCCAAGUAAUCUGUAGCAGAUUGGUGCAGUAAAGUCCUUCCUUCCUUCCUUCCUUCCUUCCUUCCUUCCUUCCUUCCUUCCUUUGGCAAUUGUCUAACAAAAGUAUCUAUUGAAAACCCUUCUCCAUCUAGAUUGCUGAAAAAAAAUACUUGGUGAAAAUCCAGAUGUGGAUUUUUGUAUAAAGAGACUUGUCAGCUUGGUUCUGGUACUGAGCACAAGUUGCUAAGCUAAACAUAUGCUGAGAAGCACCCUGUUCUUGAAUGGUUAGGAUAUGUCUACCCACCUUAGCUACUGUUUCUCUGGUUCAUGGACCACAGGACUCCACUAAAAAAAGUAAAGGCAUGCAGUGACCACAAAAUUUGCCUUGACCCCAAUUCAGUGCUUCAGAAAAUGGACAGAUUGUUCUUGGACUGAUUUGGCGCCUAUCCAUUAUGACCUGGCUAUGAAACUUGAGUUGAGAUUUGGAAAUCUAAAGCUUUGUGCUUCCAAUUGAGUAUGGGAAAUUAAAUAACAGCUAUAAUUUUUUCUGUUUUGUCGAACAUGCAUUAUUGUUGUUGUCGUUAAUUUGUUA